AUGAAGCUUGGAUGUACAACGGGUAGUGCAAUUGAACGAUGGCGUACAUUGAUGGGACCGUCAAAAAUGUUGCGAACAUUGCAGUCACAGAAUGUUUCAUCAUUGCGAGCCCGUUUUGCACUUUCGGACACACGUAAUUUGGUACAUGGAGCCGAUUCACAGCAAGCUGCCAACUAUGAGUCAAAUUUAUUUGCACCAUAUCCAAAAAUUCAUCUUCAAAAUCAGGCCGAGUUGUCAAUUGAUGUAAAGUAUUGUAAGCCUUAA